AUGGGAGGCAAGCUUAGCAAGAAAAAGAAGGGGUACAAUGUAAAUGAUGAGAAAGCCAAGGAUAAAGACAAGAAGGCCGAAGGAGCUGGUGCAGAGGAAGAAGAAACUCCCAAAGAGAAUAAUGAGACCCAGACAGUGGCAGAGACCACAGCGGUCAAGGAGAGCAACAAAGAGGAGAAGACCAAUAAAGAUUCCCAGGUGACUGCUAACAAGACUGAAGAUAAAGAAGCAGAGAAAGAUGCAGCAGCCGGCAAAGAAGAGGCUGUCCCUGAUGGAAAGGUGGACCAGCAGAAGGAUGCUGAGCUGGAGCAGGCCCCCGCCUCUGCUCCAGCGCCCAGCAGUGAUGCUUCUAAGACUUCAGCUGGCACUGAGGCAAAAGUGUCCCAAUCUUCAGAAGCCACAGCGACUAGUAAAGUAGAUGACAAGAGCAAAGAGGAAGGGGAAGCCCAAAAGACUGAGGUUUCCACAGCUCCCUUUGCUCAAGAAACUAAGAAAACUAAGAGUGAAGUGGCACCAGCUUCAGACUCAAAACCUAGCAGCAGCGAAGCUGUGUCUCCUUCCAAGGAGACCCCAGCAGCAACGGAAGCCCCUAGCUCUACACCCAAAGCCCAGGAACCUGCAGCCCCAGCAGAUGAGAUUAAACCUUCUGAGGCUCUGACCGCUAAUUCGGAUCAAACCAUAGCCGUGAAAGAGUAA